AUGAAUGUGGGAAUUUUUAACAGAGUUAAUUUUAAGAGUAAGGACAGUGACGGUAUGUAUUCAGAAUGGAGCUCACUGCCACUGGAAGGCGGUGGGCAAGGAGUACUGGGCGCAGUGGGCGGCAGAGACGUAGUGCUGGCAGUUGUCAAGCAGCUGGCCUCACAUCAACCUAGCCCGCUCACCACGGAUUCGGAGGUGGAGUGGGUGUUGGAGGUUGUGCGCUAUGGGCUGUCAUUGCCAUUAACAGAGCAUGAAGCGUUGCGAGCAUGCGUGCAUGUUUGCUAUGCUUGGCUCGGCGCCCUACUGCCACCAGCGCCUGUCUCGCACCCUCAGCCACCCGCCGUACCAGCUCCGGUGGCGGCUGACCCGCGUCGUUACGCCGCGAGAAUCCUCAGCCACUUGCAUAACCUGUUCAUUCCACGGGCAGAUGACAGCGCGGACCUGAUCAGCAAGCAGGCGGUGCUAUGCCACCGCGUGUUGCGCCUGGCCCGCUCGCUGGCUGACAGCGCAGACCUGGGGCCUCGAGAGUGGCGGGCGCUGCUGCUGCUGCUGCUGGCGGCGGCCGCAGCCCUGUUGGCCCCGCCCGCCCCCCACCACGGGGCGGAGCAGCUCUGCGAGCGGGUGCUGUGCGUGCUCUUCGAGGUCUGGAUACUGGCCUGCCACAGGUGCUUCCCGUCGCCGGCGCUGUGGCGCACGCUGCGCGAGCAGUGCGUGCGCUGGCGGCACCGCGCGCCCCUCGCGGACCAAUGGGCGCGCGUCUCGCUCUGCCUCACCGCGCGCCUGCUCGCGCACAUGUACGGGCCGCACUUCCCCGUCAUGCCCAUAGGUGAGGAGGACGCGAAUUUAGUACCAGCAGAUAUGAGCGCGGAGGCGGUCAUGCAAACCUGGUACCGUAUACUUCACACCAUUGGCAAUCCAGUCGACCUCUGCCGGCCCCAUGUGAUCAGUCAAACUCCUGAGUUCUUACAGUACUCAAUGACGGCAGAAGAGGGCGCAAGAGAUCCCAGUGCACACCCGUGCCUCCAGGCGUUGCCUGCCAUCUUUCUUAAGGCCAUGAAGGGAAUUGCGGCUCACGUGGAUGCCUUCCUUGGGCAGGGCACGGAGCGCUGGCGGGGGGGCGGCGCGGGCGGGGGCGGGGGCGGGGGCGGGGGCGGUGGCGCUGGGGGGGCGCAGGGGCAAGGGCAGGGGGCGGCGGAGGGGGAGGACGAGCUGACGCCACCCGCGCACCGACGCCUCGCCAAGUCAUUCAGCGUCGCCUCGCGGCCGCGCGAGAAGAUCAACGAGCGAAGUACGCCGCGCACAUCUCUCAUCGGUCUGACGGGAAGUCGGCCCCCCAGCGUGGUGCCCACGACGCCGCCCAAUUCCAUAUCUUCACAAGUUGGCGACUCGGAGAGACCGCCGCUGGCGCCGCUGCGGCCGAAGGUCAACUCAAUACUGCACCUGUUCGGCGAGUGGCUGUUCGAGGCGGCGCUCAUCGGGACGACACCUGCUCUGAGCAACCAACAGAGAUCAGAGGGUACACCGCCUCCCCCCUCGUUCUCCGACGCAACCUACAGACUCAAUAUGAUGAGCUAUCAGCCAGGGCGCGCGGUGGCGCUGGGCGCGCUGUGCCGCGCGGUGUGCUCGAAGCAGUGCCGCGAGGCGGUGCUGGCGCCCUACCUGGCGCGCUGCUACGGCGCGCUGCAGCGGGGCCUCAGGGACCCCGCCACCGCGGCGGCGGUGGUGCUCGACGCCGCGGACAUCUUCAGACUGGACCUGGACGGCGUGCUGGUGCUGGUCCCGGACUUCAUCACGGCGCUGGACCUGGUGCUCUCGGAGCGCGAGCCGAGGAUCGAGUGCGGCGCCAUCGACAAGCGGGAGCUGCGCAAGGCGGCCAUCAGCCUGCUGCUGUCGAUGGUCGCCUUCCCCUACCACUACCGCGGGCUGCCCGUGCCCGAGUUCCCCGGCUGCAACGAGUACGCGGGCACCACCCUGGGCGCGGUGGCGCGCGCGCGGCUGCCCGCCAUCUGCGUGGCCGCCGUGCAGGCGGAGGCGGCCGAGGCGGCGGACGCGCUCGCCGUGCCGCUGCUCAGCGCGCUCUACCUCUGCGUGCGCCACAACGCGUACGGCGCCGACGCCGCCCCGCCCGCGCCCCCCCCCCCCCCCCACCAGCCCCACCACGCGGACGCCAAAGCGCGCUCGGAGAGCGGCGGCAGCGAGCACGCGCACGACGACUACGCCGCCGACGUUAGGGAGCUUGAUCCGUCAUCGCCCGCUUUCGGUGCCGCGCUGGUGGUAAGGGCCACCUACCUGGUGUGCCACCGGCUGAUAUCCUCCUGGAAGGGCGACCUACAGGUGUCGCUGGCCGCCCUCGAGCUGCUCGCCGGUUUCGCGAAACUCCAGUCCUUGAAACCAGAGGCGGUGGAGAGGCGGCGCGCCGUGCGCUGGAUCUGCGACUACAUCUCGGUGCAGUGCGGGCGGCCGCCGCAGGCGCACUCGCGCGACCUGCACUCGUGCGUGGUGGCCGCGUACCAGUGCCUCGCCGCCUGGCUCUGCGCGCCGCUGCUGGCCGACGCCGGCUGCCUCACCGCGCUCAUGGAGGUCGUCGAGCUGGGCAUCUCCGGCUCCAAGAGCCACGGCAAGCCUGGCGAACCGCCCAAGAUGAAGGACGAGAAGGAACUGAAACCUGUCUCCAUGAGGGUCAGGGACGCCGCCGAGUCGCUGCUGAUGCUGAUAUUGGAGCAGGGUGGCAGCGGGAGGUGGUGUCGUCUGGACGAGCGCUGGCUCUCGGCGUUGGGACACGGGCGGCUGCGGCACUUCGUGGCCGACGGCAGCACCCUGCUCUCUCUACUGGAAGAGCCGUUGGCUAACAGCCAGGAGCCGCAGCCGACGUUAGUCGGUACGUAUAUCCUGCUG